GGGCUGAGCUUCAUGAUGUCUUAAACUCUCAGUGACGCCCCUCAGGCUCAGUGUGUUGAAAGGACAUGCUCAUGCACAAGCCUGGGGUUGAAGAUGAUGAUGCUGAUGUGGAUUACAGCUGUGCUUUUUAGUCAGACCGGUUCUGCACAAAAGAACGUCCUCCAUCAGCCAGACUCUGUGAUCACUGCUGUUUCUGGUGAAAACGUGACUCUACAGUGCAUUCGAAUAGACAACAAAAGCACCGAUCCUAUUAUGUGGUACAAACAAGCAGCAGGACACGAGCCUUGUGUAAUGGUCACAGUUCAUAAAACAGCACCAAGUCAUAUUUUUGAAGAUGAGUUCAAAUCCCAGAGGUUUACUGUUGAGAAUUUAAAAGAAAGCUGCAAUUUGAAAAUCAAUAACGUGGAACCGUCAGAUGAAGCCGUGUAUUACUGCGGAAUAAAGAUAUUUACAAUAGAGUUUGGGAAAGGAACAUUUUUAUCAGUGAAAGAUGACAGAGAUGUAAAAGUGAGUGUGUGGCAGCGCGGCGUGUCUGACUCGGUUCCUGCAGGAGCCUCAGUGACUCUGCAGUGCUCGGUUCUCUCUGAGAGCAGAGCAGCAGAACUCCAAGUGCUCUGGUUCAGAGCUGCUCCACCACAAUCCCAUCCUCAAAUCAUUUACACUCAUCACAACAGCAGCCGUCAGUGUGAGAGCGACUCUUCUACACACACCUGUGUGUACAACUUCUCCAAGAACAUCGUCAGCCUCAAUGAUACUGGAACUUACUACUGCGCUGUGCUCCUGUGUGGGAAGAUCAGCUUCGGGAACGGGACACAAAUACUGCUGGAGAGAUCCAUGGGUCCUGAAGUGAUCUGCCUCUCUGUAGCUUUAGGAGUGUGUAUGGUUGUGAUCUUCACUUUGACCUUCGUCUUAAGCUACGAAGAGAGAAACAGUGAAAGACACAAAGACAGAAUUCAGCACGAUGCCGUGAUAAACACUGACGAGACGAACACUCAGGUUCAUGAUGCUGUAGAGCUGAAUUACGCUGCAUUACAUUUCAAUGAAAGGAAAAUUAAAAGAAUCAGAGGAAAUCGAGGUCCAUCUCAAAGCAGUGUUUACAGUGAAGUGAAAUAUUCCACCAUUUCUCACUAAAAAUAAUCUUUAAUAUUAUUGUGUAUGUUUGAUCAGCUUUAAUGUUUCUGUGAUAUUAAUCAUCUGGAUCUGUUGUUCUAUGCUGUUCUAUGUAUUUAUUUAUUUUUUUGGCAUGAUUUGGCUCCACCCAUCUCUGUACGUUAAUGGAAACAUCAUUUUCUUCCUGAAAACUUUUAUCCUAUAAUGAAAUGUUUCUAUACUGAUGGAGGUGAUCUUCCGGAAUAACUCCGCCCACCAUGCACACAGCACCCGUUUCUAUACUGGAUUACUUGUAAUAAAAUCUUUUACAUUUUCACAA